ACGCGGCAGUCUAAUUCCGACCGCCACGCUCGUUGCUCGCGCGCGCUCGUCUCUCCGCGACUCCGCGCAAUUAAAGAAACAAUGGACACACGUCACUAAUAGAUAACAUGUCGGUGAUGUGAUGACGCAGGCUCGCGAAUCCCUCGGCAUCAUGGACGGCAACCCGCCUUCCUGCGACUUCUCCACGAAGACCAAGCGAGGGGUCUACCUCUCCAAGGGCCUGGCCUUCGUCAUCCUCGUCAUCUUCGCCCUGGCCCUCGUAGCCACCUCCUUCAUCGUGUACAACUUCGCGGCCUGCCCCAGAACUGAUCAGCUGGCCAACGUCACCAAAUACGAACUUACCCACUGUGACCAAUCCAAACUCUUAGUGAUACCUCUUAGUACUGAAAGUAGUAAAAGUGUUCUGCCUUUAGAAACAACGACUCUGUUGACAACCACAGAAGUCGCCGAAGCCGCGAUAACUGAUGUGCGAUUGCCAACUAACGUCAAACCUGACAGAUACAAACUCAAGUUGACUCCAUACAUUUACGAGGGUAACUUUACUUUCGAUGGUGAAAUUAGUGUAGUGUUAACUGUGAAAAACGAUACCAACCGAGUGACCUUCCAUGGUGUUGAACUCACGUUUCAUAAUAUAAGUUUGUUUGAGAAAGCUGACAACAGAUCCAUCAGGAUCGUGAGGAGAACGGAGGAUGUGCCAAGGCAAUUCCACGUGUUGGAGCUGAACGAAACGCUAAAGGCUGGGCGGCAGUACGUGCUAAAUAUCACGUACACUGGAAUCUUAAACGAUAACCUUCACGGUUUCUACAGAAGUUCAUACGAGGAGAAAAAUGUGACGAGAUGGAUAGCCGUAACCCAGUUCCAAGCCACAGACGCCCGCCGUGCGUUCCCGUGCUGGGACGAGCCGGCGCUGAAGGCUCGCUUCACCAUCAGCAUCGCCCGACCCUCCAACAUGAGCUCCGUGUCCAAUAUGAACAACGUCGAACGAGAACCUCAUGCCACCUUACCAGACUACACAUGGGACCACUACGCCGAAUCUCUUCCGAUGUCGACCUACCUGGUCGCCUUUGCCGUCACAGACUUUGGCAGCAUGAGUGACAAGAACUUCACUGUAUGGGCCAGGAAAGAGGCCCUGUCCUCUGCAGCCUAUGCCCUGGACAUAGGCCCGAAGAUCCUGAAGUUCCUGGAAGUCUAUUAUAAGAUCAAGUUCCCACUGCCAAAGAUCGAUAUGAUAGCGUUGCCUGACUUCAAGGCCGGUGCUAUGGAGAAUUGGGGGUUGCUUACUUUUAGAGAAAUAGCAAUGUUGUACGACAACAACAUUUACCCUACAACGGCCAAGGCGCGCGUGGCUGCAGUAGUGGCUCACGAGAUCGCGCACCAGUGGUUCGGCAACCUGGUGACCCCGGCCUGGUGGUCUGACAUCUGGCUCAAUGAGGGCUUCGCUAGCUACGUGGAGUACGUAGCUGUGGAUGCCGUGGAGAAAACAUGGGAGUCGAUGGAGGUGUUCGUCCUGAAUGAGGUGCAGAGCGUCUUCAAACUGGACGCUUUGACGUCCUCCCACCAGAUCUCGGUAGAAGUCGGCAACCCUGAGGAGAUCGGGGCCAUAUUUGACAAGAUCUCUUAUGGGAAAGGCUCCGCCAUCCUCCGCAUGAUGAACCAUUUCCUCACCGACGACGUCUUCAACUCCGGGAUCACGGACUACCUCAACGCGAAGAAGUAUGGUGAUGCGGAACAGAGAGACCUCUGGAGCGCUCUCACCAACGCCGCCCACCAGAGGGGCGCUUUGGACGCCGAUGUAGCCGUCAUCAUGGACUCCUGGACUUUGCAGACUGGUUUCCCAGUCCUAACCAUUACGAGGGAUUACGACAGUGGAGUCGUAUCUUUAAGACAGGAGCGCUUCGUUCUCAUCAACAACACGGCGGACAAUCAGACGUCUCCCGUGUGGUGGAUACCGGUGUCUUACACCACUGCUUCGGAGAAGGACUUCAAGUCCACCAGGCCACGGGUCUGGCUGAGGGGAGAGAGGGCGAUCGAGGUCAAGAACAUAUCGGCUGGGAAGGACGAGUGGUUGAUAGCCAAUAUUCAGCAGACAGGUUUCUAUCGAAUAAACUAUGAUAGUCGCAACUGGAAGAUGCUAGUCGAGGUCCUCAACAACCCCUCUCGAUUCCAAGAGAUCCACCCCAUCAACAGAGCCCAGAUUGUGGACGAUGCUAUGAACCUGGCUUUGGCUGGCCGAUUGGACUACAGAACUGCUCUGGACAUCACCAGCUACCUCACUCAUGAGAGAAGCUAUGUGCCCUGGAAGGCUGGUUUGGUGGCUUUGGGGUAUAUUGAUAUGAUGCUGUCGAAAGGAGCUUAUUACUUGGAGUAUAAGCGAUACGUGCUCCGCCUCCUCGACGGUGCGGUCAAAGACCUCGGCUGGGAGGUGUCAGCCAACGAGAGCGUGGUGCGGGCCCAGCAAAGAGCCGAUCUGCUGUCCACGGCCUGUCACCUGGAGCAUGUGGACUGCAUGGAGCAUGCCGUCAGGAUGUACACCAACUGGAUGCUCACGCCUAACCCUGAUGCGUACAACGAUAUCCAUGCCGACGUCCGCAGUACUGUAUACUGUGUGGGUAUCCAAGCGGGCGGUGCGCGAGAGUGGCGUUUCGCUUGGGAACGGUUCCGAGUGGCCAGCGCACCGGCGGAGAGAGAGCUGUUGUUGACUGUACUGGGCUGUACGCGGGCUCCUUACUUGCUGUACCGGUACCUCGAGCUCUCAUUGAGGAACGACAGCGGUAUUCGGAAGCAGGACACAGUGAGAGUGUUCUCAGCUGUAGCCAGUUCAGCAAUCGGACAACCCAUAGCCUUCAACUUCGUGCGAGCCAACUGGCAGAGGAUUAAGAAUUAUGUGAACUCUGCUCUAACGCUGAACACCAUCGUGAAAGUGGUGACGCGAAGGUUGAAUCAACAACACGAAUACGACGAGCUCUUAAGAUUCAUAUCAGAAUCGUGCACAGAGCUCGGUCGGCCAGUAUCGCAGGUGUUAGAAAGCACAGCAGCCAACGUGCAAUGGAUGCAGAACAACUACCAGGUCAUAGUCGACUGGCUCCUGGCAGCUGACCAGGAGAAGACCUGGUGUCGUGGUUGGGCGGGCGUGCUGUCACCUACAAUAAUGAUGGCAACGCUCAAUUUAAUAAUAUUGGCCGCUGUAUGCAUCGCAGCUCACGCAUUCCCACAAGAUCCUCCCCCAUACAGAAACACCAUCUUCGGGGAUGAAAAACUUGAAGGUGAACCUUUCGAGAAUUUAGAUGAUUUCGAUCGCUUAUCUCAACUGUCUAGAUCCGAUGAUACGAUUAGCCCCUACCGAUUACCCACUACGACCAAACCAGAACACUACAACAUCUUGUGGAUGGUUGAAAUACCAGCAAAUAUCUUCUCGGGAGAGGUCGAAAUCCAACUGUACGCCACUCAAGCAGAUGUUAACGAAAUAGUCAUCCAUGCUCACGACCUGAACAUUACAUCGCUUGUGCUAAAACUUGAGGACACUGAGAUACCACAAACAUUCGUCUUGCAGCCAGAAUAUCAUUUCUUAAGGAUCACGCUCACAAACGGCGCCCUUCAAUAUAAUGCAACGAGUAGAGUUGUCUAUUCACUGAACAUCGUCUUCAAUGCUCCUUUGAGGACUGAUAUGUACGGAAUUUACCAGAAUUGGUAUAGGAACAACGCCAGUGAUGCAGAGAGCUGGAUGGCUUCAACCCAGUUUCAAGCGACUUCUGCACGCCUGGCGUUCCCGUGCUAUGACGAGCCCAGCUUCAAGGCUACCUUCAGCAUCACUGUCAGGAGACCCUCCACCUUUACCAGUUGGUCAGGCAUGAGGCUUCAGCAGACCAGAAAUAGCACAUUUGAUGGUUACGAAGAAGACGAAUUCUAUACUACACCAGUAGUGUCUACAUAUCUUCUGGCAAUAAUAGUGGCUGAGUAUGAAACACGCGAGGUGUUUGAUGUGAAUGGCAAUCUUCUCUAUGAAGUUAUCGCUCGGCCCAACGCCAUUAACGCUAAUCAAGGAGAGUAUGCGCUGGAAGUUGGACAGUAUCUUUUGGCUGAAAUGAGCAAUCACACAGCCAUCGACUAUUACAGCGUUCACCCUAACAUGAAGAUGACACAGGCUUCCAUUCCUGAUUUCUUUGAUGGGGCUAUGGAGAACUGGGGACUGUUAACUUAUAGAGAAGCUUACCUUAUGUACGAUCAAGAUCACACAGACGGCCACUUCCUACAACGAAUCGCUUACAUCUUAUCCCACGAAAUCGCCCACAUGUGGUUUGGUAAUCUCGUCACUUGCGAUUGGUGGGACGUGUUGUGGCUCAACGAAGGAUUCGCCAGAUAUUACCAAUAUUACUUAACAGAUUGGGUUGAAGAGUAUAUGGGUCUUGGAAUUCGUUUUGUCAACGAGCAAGUACACACUUCAUUGCUCACUGACUCCGCUAAUAAUCCUCAUCCAUUAACUGCCACUGGCAUUAAUAGUCCCACUGAAGUCAGGAGUAUGUUCUCGACGAUCAGUUACAACAAAGGUGCUGCAAUUAUCAGGCAGACUGAGCAUCUUUUAGGAUUUGAUGUUCAUAGAGAAGGAUUAAGGCGCUACUUGACUGAAAGAUCUUUCGACACUGCACUGCCCAUUCAUCUCUUCGAAGCUCUUCAAACCGAGGCUGAGGCUUCUGGUGCUAUUUCGGAGUACGGAGACGAUUUCAAUUUUAUUGAUUAUUACAAAACUUGGACUGAACAGGCCGGACAUCCAGUACUCAACGUUCAGGUUGACCACCAAACUGGCCAGAUGAUGAUCUAUCAGCGCCGCUUCAACAUCAACAGCGGUUACUCUACAACUACAACUAACUGGAUCGUUCCCAUCACGUUUGCUACGGCCAGUAACCCAGACUUCGAAGAUACUAAGCCUACUCAUAUCAUCAAAGAUGCUGUUUCUGUCAUUAACCGCAACAGCACCGGUGAUGAAUGGGUCAUUUUCAACAAACAGCAAACUGGUUUUUACCGAGUUAACUACGAUGACUAUUCAUGGAACCUAAUUAUCAACGCUUUGAGAGGUCCAAACAGAACACAGAUCCACCACUACAACAGGGCUCAGAUUGUAAACGACGUGUUUCAAUUCGCCCGUUCUGGUCUCAUGACUUACACCAGAGCUUUUAACAUCUUGUCUUUCCUUGAGAACGAGACGGAAUACACGCCAUGGGUAGCCGCCAUCACUGGGUUUAACUGGAUCAGAAACAGACUUGUUGGUACUUCUUACCUGAGUGAUCUUGAUGAGCUGAUAAUAAAAUGGGCGACCACAGUGAUGAGCCAAAUCACUUACUAUCCGAUCGCCAACGAAUCGUUCAUGCAGUCGUACCUGCGAUAUCAACUGGCACCCUUCAUGUGCAACUUGAACGUAUCCGCAUGUUUCGAGGCUGCUGUCAGCCAGUUUGAACUAUUGCGUUAUGCUAAUAUUGAAGUGCCAGUUGAUAGUCGUACCUGGGUUUAUUGCAAUGCCCUCCGUCAAGGUACAGAAGAGGAUUUCAACUUUCUUUGGAACCGCUUCCUGAACCAUAAUGUUUAUACCGAGAAAAUCUUGAUACUUCAAACCUUGGGUUGUACACCUCAUGAGGCUGCGCUUAACAGGCUUCUUGACGCGAUAGUGGAGGACAACUACAUCAUCCGAUCGCAGGACUACACAGGGACCUAUAAUGUCGCCGUCAACGGCAAUGAAGGGAACACCCAGAUCGUCUUACGCUACAUUCAGAGGAACAUCAUAGCUGUUGCUAACGCGUUCGGCACGAUUUUGACUCCUGUGAAUUAUGCCACUCCUCUGUCUUACAUCACACCUCGGCUGAGAACUGUCCAAGAGAUUGAAGAUUUUGAAGACUGGGUCGUCGCUAAUAUGGACGUGUUUGGCACCAGCUACAGUUCUAUUUACAACAGCAUAGAGUCCACCCGCCAGUCGCUCCAGUGGGCUGCCGACGUUCAAAGUGACAUAGAGUAUUACCUAAACGAGGGUGAUGAGACAUAUGAAACCAGUACGUCUCAACCCGUCGUCCCUGAAGAACCGGUCACGGUCACAGCGCCGCCGUUGGUAGAGCCAACUACCCCCGAGUUGCCGGUUGAGGAGGUGGACGUUAGUACGUCUUCACCAGUCACUGUUGAACCUGACGUCACUGUUGAACCUAACGUCACUGGUGAACCUAUCACUGUUGAUCCUAUCAUCACUGCUGAACCUAUCUUCACUGACGCACCAACCACGCCGCCUUUGGAUGAUGAAGCUACUACUGCGCAGCCAGAUUCCGCCAACACAGCUUUGUUAUCAGUUGUCGUCAUUGCCUUCGCUGCGGCUGUAAAUGUAGCCUUCUAAAAUAGUAUUAGUCAGCUUGAAUGCUGCAUACCUUUACCUACUGUGCUCGCAACAUUAUGUUUGUGGAAAUAAUUUCCAAGAUAACAUUAUCAAAAAAUACCUUAAUAUUAAGAGCUAAUGUAACAUUAGAAGUACACAUUUUGUAUAUUUUUUUAUUAACGAAGAUAAGUGACAAAUUUUCGGCUGCUUAAUACCAAUAAUUAAAUGUAAUUACCGGCUUAUUAAAACAACCCCCUGAAAAAGGGAAAUUCGAUGUACUGAAUUGUCUUUUCACUUAUGAAGUAGGACGUAUCUUCUUAUUCAUUUAGGAUUGUAUUUAAUGAGGUAGGUAGGAACUAUAAUUUUAUUUUAAUGAUAUUAUAGUAUUUUUAUGAAAUAGGAAAUAU